AGCCUCGAACCAGACGAGCUUUCGCGAGAACUACUCGCCAUUCAACAUGGCGGCGUCCGUGUUGUCCGCGGUUUCUAUUUCGCAGCGGGCGCCUGCUUUUCUACCCUGUGUACGGCGUAGCGCUCCAAGGCCAGUGGCGGCACUCUUCGCUCUCGAGUCAAAAGUUCGCUUCUAUAGUGGUGACCGCUCGCCUUCCGGAAACCGUCUCACGGAGCGGCAAGCCAAUGCGUACGAUAAGUGGAUCCUGGCUAUUUACAAGAAGUAUCCGAAGGGUCAGGUUCCAGACCUGGUUCCGGUUGCGGUCAUCGAGAAGACGCGCAACAAGGCGCGCAUCCAUCUGAACCUGAUCCUGGGUGCGUUUACGCUCAUAGGUGCCUUUGCGGCUGCUACUUUGGGACGCCGGCGACGCGAGCAGGGAGAAAGCCUUACCCAGAUGAACCUGGACUGGCACGAAAAGCAGAAAGGCUCGUAACUGGCAGGGAAAUAGUUUUUAUUUUCUCCUCCUCCCCGAGGCUCUAUGUACACAGGGGUGGCGGUGCCCCGGGCAAAUAAAUACAGUUCGUUCUUCUUCCAA